AAGGAAAACGUUCCGGAGAUGAGGUGGUGGACGGAGGUGCUACAUGCUUGGUGGGUUUGGCUGCCUACCAAGUAGCGGCUCGCUCACGCUUGUGAGCAUUCUGAUGGCCGUCGAAAGCUUGAGAGUGGUGGUAGUCAAAGGUCAUGAGGUAUCAGAGGUCAUGAGAUAUCAAAGGAUAAUCGAAGUGAAGACCCGAGUUCCAGGACACCCCCCAGUUCUCUGCAACUACAGUAAUACUGCUGUUGGGCAUGUCUGCUUUGCUAUGAGAUGGCCUGGAGAAAUGUAUAUUGGGACUCUUUUGAUUGGGCUUGGUUAUGGUGCUGAUUGGGCAAUUGUGCCAGCUGCUGCCUCUGAGUCUUCGGCUUGAAAAAAUUUGGGGCCCUGUACAACUUUCUCACACUGGCAAAUCCCGCAGGUUCCGUUGUCUUCUCAGGCCUAAUUGCCAACAGUAUUUAUGACCAUGAAGCUGAGAAGCAAGCUCAUCAACCUCAUCUCAAUGCAUAGAAUUCAGGGGCACUUUGCUCAGGGAAGUUUGCUGAGGACGAUCCACUUAAGUGUGAAGGCUUCGUAUACUUUUUCCUGGCUUCUAUGAUUAUGUCAGGCUUCUGCAUUGUUGCGGUUGUCUUAAGCUUGAUUCUUGUGUACCGGGCAAAGAUUGGCUAUGCCAACUUCUACGGAAAAUUCCGCAGUUGAUCAAGAGAUCCAGAAAGUCUGUUACACGUAUCAUGUUGUUGGGGUUUGUAUGUUGUAUCGAGUUAUAUGAUAAGAUUUUGCCAGAAGGUAGAAACGAGCAUGCUCUACGCCUGAGUUUCUUGAGAUACCAUGAACACAUUUUCUUAUCGGGGGUUUUGUUUUUUGCUAUCUAAUCUUUAGUCCGGGGGUAUCAUUCCUCGGUGAAGGAUUUGUUCGGAGUGUUGAUUGAAGUCAAGGUGUUUGCAAUUUCUACCUUUCUUAUUGAACUUGGUUUUCUGGGAUUCAAAGCACCAUGUUAUUAUUCAACACAUUUUCUGUAGGCUACGAACCAGCAUCCCUCGUUUCUUGUGUCUUUAUCUAUUCAGGGCUAGUGUCCUGUGGAGAAAUGUUUGAUUAAACACUUACCUUAGUG